AUGUCUGAGCUCGAAUCUGAAAACCGAAAAAUGAAAGUUGAGCUUGAGGAAUUUAGAACAGAGGCAACUCACUUGAAGAAUCAGCAGGCUACGAUACGAAGACUUGAAGAACGAAGUAGGCAGUUAGAGCUGCAGAUGGAAGAGAAAGUAAAAGAAAUUGUGGAGAUUAAGCAGCGCAAUCUGGCAGAAGAGAAUCAGAAAACAUUAGAAAUUUUAAAAGAAAGGGAACAGUUACUGCAGGACCAACUGCAGAGUGCAAAAGAAAGUGUUUCUACUAUGCAGAAAUUACAUGAACUUGCACAAAACAAGUUGUUUGAACUUCGUGCUCAAUCUGACGAAGAGAGGGCAGCUAAGCAAGCUGAGGUCAAUCUGCUGAUGGAUGAAGUUGAACGAGCACAAACAAUGCUUCUUGGCUUGGAGAGAGAGAAGGGGGUUCUCCGAUCUCAGUUACAAACCACAAAUCAAGAUGGUGAAAUUAAGAAGAGUGAUAAUUCAGACUCAACUGUUGCACUUGAGAAUUCUUUAAUUGCCAAAGAUAGGCAAAUCUCUGAAUUGAACAUGGAGCUACACAAUAUUGAAACAACCUUAUCAAAUGAACGUGAAGAACAUAUGAAAGAUGUCAAAAAAUUUACUGCACUGCUCAAUGAAAAGGAGGCUUCUAUUGAGGCAAUGAGGAAAGAGCUUCACGCAAGGCCAACAGAAAAGAUGGUUGAUGAUUUGCGUAAGAAAGUGAAGAUUUUGCAGGCAGUGGGUUAUAAUUCAAUUGAGGCUGAAGACUGGGAAGUAGCAACAAGUGGGGAGGAGAUGAGCAAGAUGGAAUCUCUUCUUCUUGAUAAGAACCGAAAAAUGGAACACGAGCUAACACAAUUGAAGGUGAAACUUUCUGAAAAAACUUCUUCACUCGAAAUAGCAGAACAGAAGGCAGUGGAACUUACUACUAAGGUUAAUGAACAACAAAAACUGAUACAAAAGUUGGAAGAUGAUAUAUUAAAGGGCUAUAGUUCUAAUUCCAAAGAUCAUAAAGGAUUCCCUGAUGACUGGGAUCUAUCCGAGGCUGGUAGGAGUGAGGUGUCUGAGAAUAUGGAUCAAAGGCAUGCCUUAGAUCAAGAUCAGAGCUCAAUGCUUAAGGUAAUCUGUAAUCAGAGAGAUCGAUUCAGAAUACGCUUGCGAGAGACAGAAGAGGAAAUAAGGCAGUUGAAGGAGAAGAUUCGGGUACUAAUAGGGGAACUUGAAAAGACCAAAGCAGAUAAUGUCAAGCUAUAUGGGAAGAUUCGUUAUGUCCAAGAUUACAAUACGGCGAAAGUGGUCUCUAGGGGUUCUAAAAAGUAUGCAGAAGAUCUUGAAAGUGGUUUCACGUCAGAUGUUGAAUCUAAAUACAAGAAGAUAUACGAGGAUGAUAUAAAUCCUUUUGCUGCAUUCUCAAAAAAGGAAAGGGAUCAAAGAUACAAGGAGUUGGGAUUCAGGGACAGAAUCACACUCAGCAGCGGACGUUUUCUUCUUGGUAACAAGUAUGCCCGUACCUUUGCAUUCUUUUAUACCAUCGGGCUGCAUAUGUUGGUCUUUACCUGUCUCUAUCGAAUGUCGGCUCUGAGUUAUCUUAGCCAUGGCCCAGAGGAACCUCUGAUCGGAGCGAGGAAGGUUGAUCUUCCGCGUGGACCUUAGUGGAUAUACAACUUAUUUUCUGUAGUCAGUUUUCAGAUGGAAUGAAAACAAAUUGUCAAUAUUCUAAUAAUAUCAAGUGUCUUGUACAUAUAACAACAGUGUUUUGUUCUGAUAUAUAUAUUGAUGCAAUGAAAUAUAGAGGUUCUUU